GGUAUACAUUGAGAGAAAAGAGUUUGACAAUGAGGGAUCUUCGUAACCUCUUGAUUGUUUUUGGCUCCAUUGUUGGAUUUUUAACAGUAGAAGCACAGAGCUACUAUCGAUACAACUCAUACAGUUACUAUACUUCUUACUCGACCUAUAACGAUACACUGGUUUACGUAGGAGCUAUCGUUGGGGGCGUGGUCUUCAUUGCUGCUAUAGCGAUUACUGUUGUUGCAUGCAUAUGUUGUCGACGACAACGUGGGGCAACUGGUGCUGUCAUCCACUCAACAUCAAAUCCUACUCAAGUCGUAUUUAGCACAUCACAACCUGGGCAACAUCUUCCAGGUAUACUUGCUCAGCAGCCUACAUUCUACCAAACUCAACAGAAUACUUCACAAUUACAACUUCUUUCCCAAGGAUUGCACCCCCACCAGCCAUUCCAACAAAAUACAGGAAAUCUUCGUCCAUUGCGCAUGUUAAACAGGGCAAUUUCGUCUGCUCCAUCUUUACAAGACUUGGGUACCUUACAAGACUUUGGCUCCUUACUUCAAGACUCAGUCACAGGAAUGGAUAGCUUGAUGUCUAGCUGUGAAGAUGUAUUUUAAUGAGACAAACAAAUUUUUCUUAACAUUUCUUAAUCUAUUCGUCAGCAAGUCAUUUAAUUUUUUUUUCAAAAAAAAGGGACACAGUGAUUGAUCAUGAAUUACAUGUUCAAAUGAAAGCAUGGUCAAAACAAGAGCACAGCAAAGCGAUGCCUGUACAUGUUUAUACCCUUGUGACGGCAAAAUUAAUAUUCUUAGUCUCAUAUGAGGUAUUUAAGGCUAACACUUGACAAAUAACAUAUGAAUGACACAAGCUUUUAAUUAUGUUUGUUCACGUUAUUUUAUAUGACAGUAUUCGUGCACAAAAUUAUACAUGUAUCUUACCAUUUCAGCAAUUCAAUACAUAAUUAUGUUGUAUAAAGUAUAUAAACCCUAAAUAGUAACAUAAUAUAUACGCAAAAGUCAUUACAGUGUAAAUUGUUCGUUUAUUAUUUUUAUAUUGUAUUACUCUUAUGUUAAAUACUUAAAUCUGAUU